GCGCCUGCGCGGGAGGGGGUGGUGGUGGUGGUAGCGGUAGCGGCGGCGCCGGGCGGUGAAGUUGGUCAAAGCGCCGGUGGUAAAAUGGAGAGCAAGGCUUUUGUCUUCCUGUAAUUCUGAAGUGAAGGUUGUCAUCAGCAAGAAAACUAAAACCUUUUAAAUAUAGGCAUUAGUAGUAGAAUGCUGGAACAAACCUCUGGAUUAGCUUCAUUGGCUUUCCUGCUUCUUUUGCAUCCCAAAGCAUAAGCUUAAAUCAUCUCAGAAGGACAAGGUCCGCCAGUUUAUGGCAUUUACCCAGGCUGGGGAAAGGACUGCUAUAUACUGCUUGAUGCAGAAUGAAUGGAAGCUAGAAGUGGCAACAGACAACUAUUUCCAGAAUCCAGACUUGUACUACAAAGAAUCCAUGAAGAAUUCAGUGGACAGGAAGAAGUUAGAACAAUUGUAUAAUCGAUACAAAGACCCACAAGAUGAAAAUAAAAUCGGCAUUGAUGGAAUACAGCAGUUCUGUGACGAUUUAAGCCUGGACCCUGCCAGUAUCAGUGUUCUGGUUGUGGCGUGGAAAUUCAGAGCGGCUACUCAGUGUGAAUUCAGUAAAAAGGAAUUUGUAGAUGGCAUGACAGAGCUGGGGUGUGACUCCACAGAAAAACUAAAAGCUCUAUUGCCACGACUGGAACAAGAACUGAAGGAUCCAAUGAAGUUCAAAGAUUUUUAUCAGUUUACUUUUAACUUUGCAAAAAAUCCUGGACAAAAAGGUCUAGAUCUAGAAAUGGCAAUUGCAUACUGGAAUUUAGUCUUGUCAGGAAGGUUUAAAUUUCUUGAUCUUUGGAAUAAAUUCUUGUUGGCUAAUCAGGAGGUUUCUUGGGGGGUCAGACAAGUGCCAGAGCUUGCUCAGAUUGUUCUGCAGAAUUGUGGAUCUGGUUGUGGAACAGAAUGGAUGGAAAGAGAAGGGAAGGUUCCUUCUGGCCAGCUCCUUGAUCCAGCUGGUCAAGUUGGGACCAGUAUAGGGAAGUGGAGCAAGGUCUUAAGGUUCUGAAGGGGAUUGAGAGGAGGGAAGAAGGAGAAUGGAAGGGCUGACUGAAAGCUGAGAGAACACUGACUAGAACUGAAGCUUUUUGGCCUGCUGCUCAAACUGGCCAGGCUGGAAACUGUUCGGUGUGAAUGAGGCAGGAACAUACCAGAAAUUAGACAAAGAAGUGGUAAUGGAGAAUAGAACAAGUGGAGCAAAUGCAGAUGUGCACAACAGUGAAGGAGGGAGUAUCAGAGAAUCAUCACAGAAUGGUUUGGUUUGGAAGGGACCUUUAAGAUCAUCUAGUUCCAUCCCCCAUAAAAUAGCAGUUUAUUUUGUAGUUUCGACUUAUUAAAAUAAAUAAUUGUAAACCACCUGUUUCUGUGUACGUCAAGAUAAAAUACUUAUGUAGAAUUUAUGAAUAGAUUAUAUUGAACAGAACCGUUUUUCUU